CCCUGACCCUGUCUCCUCACAAAGCAGUGGUGCCUCCUUUCCCUUGGUCUCUCCUCUCAGCCGGCAUGGCCCCUUGGCUCUGUUGGCCCGUCUUCCUCGCUCUUACCUCAGCCAGAGGGAACAGGGCUGAACUGCCGGCGGACAGAUUCCCACUGGAGCCCUAUGACCGCCUGUUCAGUACAGCGGUGGAGGCCUAUUACCGCAAUGACUGGCAAGGGGUGAUCAUCAACAUGGAGCGGGCUCUGCAGAACAAGGCAGCCCUGCGGCAGGCAAAGGUCCACUGUCAGAUCCUCUGCAGCAAGAAGGCAGAAUUCAGCAUCUCCAACAGCAGCCGGGACUACUUCUUCGAUGCGAACUUCUUCGACACAGUGCUGAAGAAGGCCAACUGCCUGAAGGAGUGUGAGAAGGAAAAACUCGGACCAUACUCCAUGUACCAAAUCUCUGAGGAGCUACAGCUGGAGUUUCAGAAGAGGACCCCCUAUAACUACUUGCAAGUGGCAUACUUCAAGAUUAAAAUGUUGGACAAGGCGGUGGCUGCAGCUCACACUUUCUACGUGAUGAACCCAGAUCACCUGGAGAUGCGUCAAAAUCUGGAGUAUUACAAGAUGAUGGCUGGUGUGAAGGAUACUGAUUUUAAGGAUCUUGAAGCCAAACCCCAUAUGGAAGCUUUCCGUAAAGGAGUUCGGCUUUAUACAGACGAGCAGUUUAAGCAUUCAAUCAGUUUUUUGGAAAAUGCAUUGGUGGAGUACUUCAAAGCGGAUGCUGAGUGCCGAGCCCUUUGUGAGGGCCCAUACAACUUUGAUGGGUAUAAUUACAUGGAGUACAAUGCAGACCUCUACCAGGCUAUUACAGAUCACUAUAUUCAAGUGCUGAACUGCAAACAGAACUGUGUGACUGAGCUGGCCACCCGGCCUGACAGGGAAGCACCCGUCGAAGACUUUCUCCCCACCCAUUUCGACUACCUUCAAUUCGCUUAUUACAACUCUGAGAAUUAUUCCCAGGCCAUUGAGUGUGCCAAGACCUACCUGCUUUUCUAUCCAAAUGAUGAAGUGAUGAAUCAGAACCUUCAGUAUUACCAGGCAGUGCUGGGAGAAGAUUCGUCCGAAGAUCUCACGCACAGAGAGUAUAUUCAGACCUACAUCAACAACUCACUGCUGGAGAAAGAGCUGCUGUACUUUGCCAAUGAAGUCUUUGGAGUCACUUUCAUCGACCCGGACAAGUGGACUCCAGAGAAUGUGAUACCAGUUAAACUCAAAGAAAAACAAAAGGCAGAAAGGGAAACUGCUGCCCGGAUCUCCGAAGAAAUUGGGAACUUGAUGAAAGAGAUUGAGAACUUGGUGGAUGAGAAAACCAAGGAAUCAUCUGAGCUUGUGAAGAUGGUGAGAGAGGGGGGUCCAUUGUUGUAUGACAAUGUCCAGGUUGUCAUGAAUGCACGGCUGUUGAAUGGAACUCAGAGGGUGUUGCUCGAUGGUGUGAUCACGGACAAGGAGUGUGAGGAGAUGCGCUUCCUCUCCAAUGCUGCAGCUUCAAUGGGCGAUGGCUACUAUGGGAAGCCUUCUCCUCACACACCCAAUGAGCGAUUCCAGGGAGUGACAGUACUCAAAGCAUUAAAGCUUAGUCAGGAGGGUAGGAUCCCACUUAAAACAUCCAAGCUGUUUUAUGACAUCAGUGAGAAAGUUCGAAGGAUCAUCGAGUCUUACUUCCGGCUGGAAAACCCACUCUACUUUGCCUACUCGCAUCUUGUCUGUCGGACUGCGGUGGAAGGAACACAGGAGAACAGAGAAGACCUGAGCCACUCCGUUCAUGUGGACAACUGCAUUUUAAACUCAGAAGCUCUGGAGUGUCGAAAGGAGCAUCCAGCUUACACCGAGCGAGAUUACAGUGCAAUCCUUUACUUAAACCAUGAUUUUGAAGGUGGAAACUUCAUAUUCACAGAAAUUGAUGCUAAAGUUAUUACAGCAACGGUGCAGCCGAAAUGUGGCCGUGUGGUGGGCUUCUCCUCGGGAGCAGAGAACCCUCAUGGAGUCCAGGCCGUGACCAAAGGGCAGAGGUGUGGAGUGGCACUCUGGUUCACGCUGGAUCCCCGGCAGAAGGAACGGGAGAGGAUCGAGGCCGACGAGUUGGUGAAGUUGCUGUUUGGGAUGGAGGAGGAGCUGCAGCAGGACGAGGGCGAGGUCAAGGAAUCUGAGCCCGAUGACCACCAGCCAACUGAGGCCCCAGCCGCCGUGCCCACCAGCAGGCCGCACGCUCAGGACGAAGUGAAGCUCGACGAGCUCGCUCCAGGGAAACAGCCCAAGGUGGAAGAGCCAAAGGCAGAAAGCAAUGGAGACCCUGAGCCUACAGUAAAAACAAUGGACUCCCGUCAGGAGCCAGCACCUGCUGCUUCAGAUCAGAAAGCCACACCAUCUCUGAAUAUGCCAUCUACAAAGCAGGAACUGUAAUUCUGUGUACAGCUACUCACAAUAGGGCCACUUGGUGCUUUGCAACCUGACACAAGAGCUGUUGGUUUUGAUGUUUAAUCAUUCCUGGUAAUUGUCUCCCAAAUUAGGAGCUCAAAAGUGUGGAUCUCCGUUUCCCCCUUGGCUGAUAUCCCCAUCCGGUUUGAUGGUAUUGAUAGCCCAGGCCGAGCAUCUUAUUCACCAUAUUCCCUGAACUUCUCCCAUAAUCUGUUGCCUCUGGUAAUAUCCAUCCAGCACAUGACCCGAACCCCUAUACCUGGGUCAUCAGUAGCGUGCAGAGUUUCCCCCGAGCACGUUAGCUCUCGCAGAGGAUGAGACGGUCAGACGCAAGUGGUCAGAGCUACCGGUCGCUGAUGUGCAACCUUGUCCAGCAGCAAAGCCCCAGUUCCACCUCAGCAGAUGCUGGAACAGUUCCAGAUCACUUCCAUCUACAUGGAUUGGGACCUCAGUCUUUUGAAAUGAAGGUGGAGUUUCUGUCAAUAUUUGCAGCCAGUAUCUUUAAAGGAGGGUUAAACUCCUGCUGUAUUGACCCGUCCUUGUCUGGUACACUCCUGAUUCCUGGUCAGUAUCUCGCAGACACUUUCUUGUCCAUUUCUUUGCUCCAUUGUUCCCUAAUCCUCCACAGAAGCCUACAAAUUCCAGCAUCUGUAGUCUUUUGAGUCCCUAUCCUUAUUCUUUGCUUGCAACCCUCUGUAUGGUGAUGUGUUAUAUUGUGUGUGCGCGUGCGCGGUGGGGGGGGGGGACUUCAAAACCCUCAAAGUGCUGCCUUUAUCUGAUGUUUGACACGGGGGGAGGGUCACGGUGACAGUCAAGUAAUAGCUCUGAAGUUCCGCAAACACAAGACAACUGUAGCAAUUAGGAUCUUCGCUGGUCUUUUGAGGUGCUAUACAGUGCAGCCACUAAUGGAGGCCUAGUAAGGGCAAAGAAGGAUAGAGUCUUUAAGCAUUUGGUUUCUUCUUAUCUAAAAUAUAAACAGAAGAUACUGGAAAUCAUCUGCAAAUCAGGCGGCUCCAAAACUUACUGCCCGUAUUUCUGAUGUGCAACUUCCACAAGUGUCUAUAUUUUUAAAUGAGAGGUUGUGUUUGCGUGUAUGGAGACGGAUUAUCCCAGAGAGGCCAGCGUGUUGCAGUUUGCCAGCACUUUGUUAUUGAUGCACAUCCAUCUGUGUUUACAUUCCCUAAAACCUCCUGCACUUGAUCAAUUGUGGUGACGUUACCCACAUCCCAUCCCACCCUUUUUAAAUGUAUGUGCACUCAACUCUUUAAGUUCUUAAAGAACUUAAUUCAUUCUUUAUCUCUCUUUCCUCUCCUUCCCUCUCUCCGCUUCUCCUUCUUCCCUCCUGCCUCUCUCCCUCCCCUCCCCCUCCCUCUCUCCCUCCUCUCUCUCUCUCUGUCUCUCCCCCCUCUCUUCUCUCUUUCUCUCCCCCCUCUCUCUCCCCCCCUCUCUCUCUCUCUCUCUCUCUCUCCCCUCCUUCCCCACCCCCAUCCCUCCCUCCCCACACACACAGACAGUCAGUCAUACAUGCACAAUCCUUCAUUACAGCAGUGUCUAUAGUAAGUCAGUCAGUCAGUGGGUGCCGUCCUGAAUCUGGGGUCGGCGGCUAUGCACCUCCAUCUUCUUCGAUCUUGCGACAGCACCGAGUACAGCCUCUCCUCCAGUUUGUUCUCUCUGGCCGCCUGGGCACCGCCCGCUGCCGCUGUCCCCCGCCGAACUCGAGCCCGAGGCCGGCCUCCAGCCGCGGCCGCUUCUUCGAACUCGGCCCUUCCUUAGGCGGAGGCCUUGGGCAGGUCCAGGCACACGGUGCAGUGCCCAAGUUCAUCAUGUCUCUUCUAACUAGGUGCAUAGCUUACGACUCGUAGAUACGUGGUGAGGCUUUAAUCUCUUCCACGGAAGAUGGCCGUUGGCUCACAAGGAGUUCAUCCACCCUUUGUCAGGUCUUUAUUUUUUUUAGUCCUACUGGGUGUCCUCACACCCUCCUCACCAGACUAAGUCAGGUGGUGGAGCCGGCCCAAGUCGCCGACCACUCGACCAUGGCCCCCGGCUGAGCGCCGGGUGCCCACCCCCCAGCGAAUCUCUCCGAGCGCCAGGCGCCCGCCCCCCACUGAAUCUCUCCAAGCGCUGGGUGCCCAUCCCCCACCGAAUCUCUUCGAGCGCCUGGCUCCCAACUGAAAAACUAUAAUAAGUACCUAUUCUUUUAAAUGCUUUACAGUGCCCAUAGGUUGUGAACCUCAUUAUAUAAUUCUUUCUUUAAUUUCUCUUACUUCUACAUAUUACAUACAUAGUCACUGUCUGACUCAUAUGAACCUGAAUGUAUGCACACACUUACAUGCAAACACAAUUGCACAAUCCUUUCCAGUAGGAAUUGCUCAGUAGUGGUUAGCAAAGAGAAACCAGAAUAAGUCCAACUUUCCUGGAAAGGUUGGCUAACUGGACAAGUCACAGCGACUGAGCAUUGGCCUCAGGAAUUGUUUCUGUCCCCCACUUGCGCCAGUGGAAAAUGGAUACCAUGACACCAAGAAGAUCCGAUACAAACCCUACUUCCACUUAUUUGUAUAAAUUCAUUUCAACUACUGACAGACCUUUGAGGUAGAAAUUACCCGCUAAUAUAAAAGCAAUGUUAAAUUCAGCCUUUUCCAAGUGUUCAUGCCCAUGUCAUGCAAAUAGACCAACUGGGACUCCCAGUCCAAAGUGGGCCGAGAUGCCUGGCUUCUGAGUGCCAGAGUAUUUGAGACUUUGAGUCUUCUGAGCUGUGUGCUGAAGCUCUGUCCUCCCCCAGGCUAUUUGGUAAAGAACAUGACAAAGUGGUGUUCUGUGAACUUAUAAUGAGUUCUGCAGCCUGCGGUUAUUUGCUUGUUGUCUUAAACCCAGCACCCAGUCAGGGUGUGUCACGCAGGUGAAUCCUGUCAGUCUUGUUUUGCCUCGCCUUGUUCUGACAUGUUGUUUUGGUGUCUGCCGUUUGUCAUUGCCCACAAUCUCAUCACCAACCGAUGCCUGACUGUGAUCUACAAAGGUGUGUCUUUCCUCACACUUGUUUACAUACAUCUCAAUAAUAAGGCAGCAAGACAGAGGGCGGGGCUAGCCGGUGGUGUAGUGGCAUCAGCACUGGACUUCGAGGCAAAUGGUCCCGAGUUCGAAUCCGGCUGGCUCUUUGCAAGCUUCCCACCUGCAUUUGGUUGAACAUCAAGCCAGCAACUCAGCCUCACAAAAAAACAGUCAAAUGCAAAUAUGCUGCCCAAUGCAUCACAAAGUGCAAAAAGGACCAACUAAGUAGAGAGUUAUGGACUGUCAGGAGGUAUAUUGUAUGCAUUUUUCUGAAAAUAGAUGUAUCUAUUGAACCUAUUGUAUAGGAGGGAGGGGUUUAUAUAGGUCAGCACAACAUUGAGGGCUGAAGGGCCUGUACUGUGCUGGACUGUUCUAUGUUCAAAAGUAUUACCCACAGUGGCACUGAACCACAAAGACUGGCAAAUUAUUUUGUGUGGCUACUGCUCGUUGCUAUGUGAAUUGGUCUCUUUCUUCCCCUCCCUCAGUUUUGCUGUUCUCUGUGCCCAGAGUCCUCUAAGACAAGCAAACUGCAGUGGCUCAUAAUUUCAGAUGUUGUGGAAGAAUAAAUAAGGCCUCCUGAGGCUUUUGCUCCUGAUCGCUAUCUAGUAUCUGGGCUUCACGUGAGGGUUUGGGUGCAGAAGCGUAAAGCCUUGCAGAGAUGAGAAGGAAAAGCUUGAUAUGUUAUUUUUACUCAUUAGUUUUACUCAUUCUUAAUUUUAAACUCAACCAACAAAGUUCCAAGUCAAAUCCAAUCUGACAGGAUGCCCUUUCUGCAGAGCCAUCAGGCUUUGAAACAUUAAGUAACUGGGAAUAUACAUCACACUAACUGUCUCAGGAGAAUGCAGUUACAGAGAUACCUUUACUUGACCACAUCUGCCUUGUUUCCCCUUGAUGGGCUGGAAAUUUGUGAUUUAUGCAUUGUACUAUUUUCAGUAACACAACUACUGUAUUACAGUCCAGCAGAAGCCUGACCGUGGUUUGUCUAAACGCCCAAAUGUGUUCAGGGGUGUAAUUUGUCAAUGUUUCUGUAUUGAGCUCUUGUGGAGUUUUAUUCACAAAUAAAUGGUACUUUUUUUGCUGUUUU